CGGCGACCACGUGACAGGCUUUUGUUCGUCGUGCGCAGUUUCGCCGGUAGAUGUCGUCGGCGUAGAUCUCGAAAAAUGUUCGGUUCGUCUUUAACCCCAGUAUAAUUUCGCUAAUUUCGAAUCACCCCUUUUAACUAAGUUCGCAACCUUAACAAACCCCUUCAGCGUCGAUCGGUCGAGUUUUCGUUCGUUUUUUUGUGUGCAACGCGUCGAAAGAAUCCGUCGGGUGUGUGAACGGUCGCGUUGGCCGUGGCCUCUGCAUGUUUUGUCAAUUUAGACGUUCUUCAAGUGUUUUCCGUUGAAAUCCGUUUAUUUGCCGCGUUUUCCUAAACAAUCCAACACGAUAUGGACCCCAAAACCAAGUCGGACAAGAACCGCAGCAACGGAGAAAACGAUGCCGAGCCGAAACAAAACUCGGUCGGCGGUGCGCCGCCGCCUACGCCGCUGCACAAGAUCAAGCUGUCCACAGGGACGGUUCAAGGGCCCUUGCUCAAAAAGGACAAGCGCCAUUCUAGCUCCAGGUUCAACAUAACCAAGAACAGGGAACUGGAGAUGCUACCGUCAUUAAAAGAUGCAGCCCCACAGGACAGAGAAGAACUCGUGGUGCAAAAACUCAGGCAGUGCUGCGUUCUGUUCGAUUUUGCGUCGGACCCUCUGAGCGAUUUAAAAUGGAAAGAGGUGAAGCGACAAGCUUUGCAGGAAAUGGUCGAGCUGGUGACCCACCAGAAAGGCGUCAUAACGGAAAUAAUCUACCCGGAGGCUGUCACAAUGUUUGCCGUGAAUCUGUUUCGCACUCUGCCUCCGUCGUCGAACCCGAACGGCGCCGAGUUCGACCCGGAAGAGGACGAGCCGACGCUGGAGGCGGCCUGGCCGCACCUGCAGCUCGUCUACGAGCUGUUUUUGCGCGUGCUCGAGGCGCCCGACUUCCAGCCCAACAUCGCCAAAAAGUACAUCGACCAAAAGUUCGUUCUUCAGCUGUUGGAUCUGUUCGAUUCCGAGGACCCCCGCGAGAGAGAUCUGCUCAAAACCACCCUACACAGGAUUUACGGUAAAUUUUUGGGGCUGAGAGCCUUCAUAAGGAAGCAAAUAAACAACGUUUUUUACCGUUUUAUCUACGAAACCGAGCACCAUAACGGAAUUGCGGAGUUAUUAGAAAUUUUAGGUUCUAUUAUUAAUGGUUUUGCGUUGCCUUUGAAGGAGGAACACAAAACGUUUUUGCUCAGGGUAUUAAUGCCUCUACAUAAGGUUAAAUCUUUGUCAGUAUAUCACCCCCAGCUGGCCUACUGUGUGGUACAGUUCUUGGAGAAGGAUCCCUCUUUAACGCAGGACGUGAUAAAGAAUCUUUUAAAGUACUGGCCUAAAACGCAUAGCCCCAAAGAGGUUAUGUUUUUGAACGAGUUGGAGGAAAUUUUGGACGUCAUCGAACCGGCGGAAUUUCAAAAAGUUAUGGUACCGCUCUUCCGUCAGCUGGCCAAGUGCGUCAGCUCGCCGCACUUUCAGGUGGCCGAGCGCGCCCUCUACUACUGGAACAACGAGUACGUGAUGUCGCUUGUAAGCGAGAACGCCGCGCAAAUUUUGCCCAUCAUGUUUCCCAGCCUGUACAAGAACUCGAAGAGCCACUGGAACAAAACGAUACACGGGCUCAUCUACAACGCCCUCAAGCUGUUCAUGGAGAUGAACCAGAAGCUGUUCGACGAGUGCACGCAGCAGUUUCGACACGAGCGCCAGCUCGAAAGGGAAAGGCAGCAUCAAAGGCAAGAGUUGUGGGUGAGGGUGGAAAAUUUGGCGGCCAGAAGGCCCGAAUACGAAACAAUUAAGUCCAGGAAUCCGGACAUCAACAAUGUGAUAACCAGUCCCGAUUUGGAUGAUGACGUCAACUUGGACAAUUUAGAACAGGAGAACAACGUCGAGGUAAAGCAAAAGGGCGCGCCAACCCAGCAACAGCUGCAACAGCAACAGCUGCAACAGCAGCAGCAGCAACAGCUGCAGCAGCGUAACAGCACCAAACCGCUGGUGAGACGCAAAUCCGAGCUGCCGCAAGACUCGAGCACCGUCAAAGCCCUAAACGAACACCAGAGGGCGGACGAGUACCUCCCCACUCCGCCAGACGUCAACAAGUGCUAGUCCACGCGACACCCCCCUCCCUAAAAAUCCGAUCCCCGCUCCCCCGUUAUUUCAGCACCGCGCGUUCGCAACACCCACGCCGUCUUUUGGUAGCUUAGUGCCGACGUAAGACGUUAGAGGGCGCUUUUGUGUUUGAUCGUCAUUAUUUUUUUAGUUUUAUUGAGAUUCCCUCCUCCCCCCUUUGAAAAAUUAUGUAUUGUUUAGACGUGUCGCGUCAUUACGUUUUUUAUCGAAAAUUAUUAUCGGAGAUGUUCAUCUCUUAGUUGAUAGAGUAUUAAAAAAUCUACUUUUAAAUAUUAGUUACUAUGUUAUAUCCGAUUUAAUAUUAUCACUAUUAUUAUUAUUAUUAUUAUGUAAACCUAUUAUGUUUUUUAAGAUUUGCGUAUUUACUUUCUCACUCAGCACAACGUUUGAUUGGUUUAUUGUUUUCCAUAGAAAGUCGCAAAUUUCUUGUAUAACUUGGGAGAAAAGUUUCAGUUAUCUUACCUGUAGUACAACUAACAAAUAUAGAACACACUGUAUAUAAAAGUUGUUUCCCCGCUUUUCCCUGUACCUACCUUAACAACAGGGUAUUUCGAAAAAAUACAUACAUAUAGCAGUCAUAUUGUAUUAAUAUCAUUUUGUAAAUACUGUUCUAGAAAUAGUGGUUUGUUUAAUUUUUGUUCAUUGCAUAAUAAUAUCGAAUUUUACAUGUUGAAAUAUAUUUUUUUAUAUUUAGUUGUAUGUUUAGAGGAAGGAAAAUUUUUACAAACCAUAUUACCUAACUAAGCGUGCAUGGGCAAAAUAAAUAACCUCUUCGACCGUUACAUCGUAAAUUGAAAACGGCAUUUUUGGAACAACACUUUUAACCAAAUGUCAACAAUUUUAGGUUAUGUUGAUGUCAAGAAAUUGUUACCAAACAUGUCGUUUGAUCAUAGAAUAGAUAUUUUCAGGUUGGAGAGGUCUUUCUAAUCGCCCCGUGUAAAGAUUAUAGAUUUAGGGGCGUAUAAAAUGAGAGUUUAUAUGUUGUUAAGCGAUGUGAACUUAGUUAUAGACAGUGGCCUUUUUUUCAAUACGUAUUUGCAAAUAUUUAAGUAAAAUCAAAAAAAAUAAUAGCUUAGUAUUUUAUUUGCUGCAACCGGUGAACACUUUUCUCUCGCUCAGAAUCGUCAAAGCGUCAAAAUUCGAAAAGAAAAAGUUCCUAAAUUUCGCGAUGUUGUUUUGUCCUGUCAAGGGAGACUGACGUAGACGUUUUAUAGGUUAGAAGUUUGACACUUGGCGUCAAAAUUCUAACCUUAGUUUUGUUGAACAUGCCAUACCCUUGAAAAUGCCUAAAAAUUUGAAAUAUGUGUGGCACGCGCUUUGAUUGUCAAAAAGUAUAAAAAAACGAUUUUUACAAAGUCUAGUGUUUACUCAAAAGUAAUACAUUCAAUAAUUAGGUUUAAGAGUAUAUUUUUAUGUUUAAAAAAAUGUUGGAAGGAAUGUGUAAAUAUGGAUAAGGAGUUGAUAGUCUUAGACAGUAUUUUUUUAAUGUACAGCUUUGCUUAGUCAAUGAUAUAAACAAUUAAAUACAUUUCAUUUAAUAUAA